UUAGAGGUCCUUUGAAUGCAUGUGGCGCGAUAUGGGAACUGAGUGGAAAAUAGUUUGACAUCAGGAGAGCCGAGGUUAAUAUCGCCGCGUUGCUCUCCAUCUAUCCAAACAACAUGUUUUCUGCACAGCAAAGUUGUUGGUUUGUCCGCAAGGUGAUUUGCUGGAGAGCUGUGGCCAGCAUUGCUUGGGCUGUCCUGUUGUUGCCACCCAUCACGGCAGUUUUUCUAAUCCUCAGCAGGUUCCAUCUCCUCCACCCCAUCAAGACGACAUCAGAAUGCCUGUCCCUCUUAACAAGUGCAAGUGCCAUCUUCACCCUAAUCCUGCUGUGUGGAGUGAUCCUCAUAGUUGGGUUCCUGAACCUGGAGUAUUAUACAGUUAUCCCAACUAUUGCAUGCUCGAAAAUUGCCCUGUUGGGUCAGCUGAUCCACCCUCGUCAGUUUGUCAACGCCCUGGCCCACUGUAUGAUGGGAAUAAUCGUGGCUUGGUGCUGUGCCGUCACCAUCGGGGACAGAUAUGAGACAAUCAGCUAUCCUUGCACACAAAGUGAUGGUUCCCCUCAGAUGUAUCUGAAUGAGCAUCACCUCAUACUUCUAUUGUCUGGAGCCUUUGUUGGAUUCUCUCACAGUCUGCUGGGUGUGAUCCAUAACAUGAACUAUGUCUCUUUCCACACUGUUCAGCAAUACAAAUACCUUCGCUUUAAGGGAUCCCUACCUUUGGUGGUGAAAUGCAGCGCCACUGAAGCACUCUACUCUGUCAGAAACUACAUAUUUGUGUAUUUCUUUUUGGGAUACAUUCCAAGAGCAUGGAUUUGUAAAACACUGAAUCUUCAUUUGAACAGUUCUGUCCAGCCUCUUGACAGCAUAGCUGGACUGCUGGACUUCUCCCUGCUCUACCACCUGUGGAUCAGUGCCUUAUUCCUCCUUUUCACGUGGAACAUCACACAGCUGCUCUUUAGGAUCUUUGUUACUGAGGUGUACAGUUUUCCUGUACAGCCAUCUUUUACUGAGGAUGCCCACCAGAGUCUUCCUAAAGUUCUUACUGACAAGCAGCCAAUGGUUCUGAAGUUUCUAGCUCUGCAGGACUUGGCUCUGCUGUCUCAACACAGCCCAUCACGACGCUGUGAGGUCUUCAGUCUGAGUCAGCCAGGUGGCCAUCCUCAUAACUGGAACGCCAUCAGUAAGGAGUGUCUGUCUCUGCUGGCUGAUCUGACCCAGAGACUCGUUGCCUAUCACGACACUGUAGCAACCAACGGCAGAGCCAAAUCACUGUCUACUGGGAGUGAAAGGAAGACUUCAUCUGAGACAUCAGUAACCUCGGGUACCGAAGAUCUGAUGAGCCCGAGGCCCACUUUAAUGUUAAAAACUCCAGCUUCGGUCUUUGCACGCUCCAUUGUUGGCGGCCCACAGAGCCCUCUGACGGCACCAUUCACUCCUGACCUGGAUAGCCCUUUUGCCUCCCCCGCCCUGCGGCGUCUUACUGCUCCUGUGGAACAAUGCUCUCCGUGGUUCGGAACAGUACAGAGCCCACACAUCAUGAGGAGAGCCCCAAAACUCUGGUCCACUUCCACAGAUUCACAGGCCAAUGGCAGUCCCCAGCCAUCCCCUGCCUCAGUUCCUAGUCCCAAACAGGAACCGUCCAAACCAAGUCUCCUGGCUCAAUUCCUCCAAAACAGAAAAGAACAGGUUAAAAAUUUCUUGGCAAAGCGGGUGCUGAUAAUGUAUUUGUUUAACAAGCUUCCAGAAGCCUCGAGUCAAGCUCUGUUUGCAGACAGCCAGGCUCACAUCUGGGCUUUAGAAGGGCUGUCUUACCUUGUUCAAGCCUCCUUCUCAGAAGAUCAGUUUGGGGUUGUACAGACCACAUUACCCAGCAUUCUAAGUUGCAUGCUGGUCUUACAAGAGGCAGUAGAUCGACACUUCAAGCUGCCUCAUGCUUCCAGUAAGCCUGUGAGGUCGACCAGCAGCAUGGGAGACUCCACUCACAAAACACUGCGCUUUGCUCUCAGGGCCACUCUCAAGACUGCCAUCUACAGGAUAACAACUACUUUUGGAGAUCACUUGAAUGAUGUUAAGAUGUCUGCAGAGCAUCGGAAAAGAUUACAGCAGUUUCUGGAGUACAAGGAAUAGCACACCUGACACUCAGAUUCUUAUCAGCGUGAUUCCUUUGUGUGCACAUUAGCAUAAGUGAGGCAACAAGUGAAAGCUCAUGAUGGUGCCUCUUUUAAUAUUUAUGUCUGCACUAUGUCAUGUCGGAUUGUAUUUGAUAGGCUAGAUCACAUCUCCAUGUAUGAGGCGACGGAAGCCCAACCGUUAAAGUGGAACGAGUUGGAAGACUUUUACCCUCCUGUGUUUGGAGUGUGGAGAUUUAAACUAGCUCACUGUAUAGAUAAACGGCUCAUUCCAAAAAAAAGGUUUGUAUGAUUUUCUCAUCAUACAAAUGAAACAAAGUAAUCAUAUUUGACUUGUGUUAAUUGGGAUGAGUUGUAAAGGGCUAUUGGAGCUGCAUUUGUACUAAAUUCUUGUUUCUAUUGUAUCCUUGCGAUUCAAAACAUUAAGCAUCAAGUGUGAUGAGUGAGAGUGAUGGCUGCAUUUAGUAAGCAAGAAGCUGUAUUUUGUGUUUAUAUAUAUAUUUUUUUUUAAAUGAGAUCUCUGCAGUUUCACAGGUGUCAAGAAUAUGUUCAGAUAUGUAUUUUCGUAGAUCUGGUUUUGUUCUAGACACCAGCCUGGAGAACGAGUUUACAGCUGUGCACAGAAGUUCAGGUUCUCCAACUAGAAAAUACACCACCAUCAGAUUUACAGAUCAGACUGACACCUGUUUGUACAUGUUAACUAUUUGUUUUUGUCAUUUGUUCAUGUGAAAUAAGGCUGUCAUUUAUGUCAAAUUAAGGAUGGGUAUAUGGUGUGAGUGGUAACAAGCGUGAGAAAAUGUUUGUCACUGCCAACAUGGAUUGAGUUUAUAUUCCCAUUCUAAGACCUGUUGAAUAAAAACAUCAUGUAAA